AAAUUGCCAUCCGUCGUGGCCCUCAUUCUCUUCUUUUCCAGAAGAAGAAGCUUCACAGAAGACUCAACAAGAUAUUCUCAUCAUUGUCUCUGUGUCUUUUUGAAACUCACACUAUUAUUUUAGUAGGGGGGACAGACUGCUUCGGGUGAUAAUCGAAUUACUGCAGGCUAUUGGUCCGCCUUCUUCUCUUUUCCAAAAAAAAAAAAAGAAAGUCCCAACAACUAAUCCUACCCAGCUGUUUCUAUUUCUGUGUGUCUCUUCAGUUCCCAUUCCCAAAUACUAGACAUCAUCAUCAUCAUAAUCAUAACUUCUUCUUCUAUUUCUUUCCAAUAUUCUUUUGAUAUUUUUUUUGAAAAGAGAUGCCGCUUGAGUCGAGACUAAACAUCCGAAUGCCCAAUGUUCGAAGAAGACUUUCUCAUUUUAUGAUCGAAGAACUGAAGCUUCACUCGGAUCGUGGCGAUGGUAACUCUCCUCAUGGAAUUGCAGACCCCUUACUAUCUCAACAUUUGCUCGAAGGAUACUCUGAAGAAGAACUCCAGGAGUAUCGUCAAGUCUUCAACAUGUUUGAUGCAGAUCGCAGCGGAGCCAUUGCAAUAGACGAACUUGAAGCAGCAAUUAAGAAUUUAGGAUUGGAGCAGACAAGAGACGAAUUGGAUAAGAUUAUUGACGAGGUCGAUCAAAGAGGUAAUCAUCAGAUAGAUUUUGACGAGUUCUGUGUGGUUAUGAGAAGGCUCACAAUGAAGAAGAGUAACUGGAAUGAAGUUGUCAAAGAGUGCUUCACCGUUUUUGACAGAUCUGAAAAUGGUGGAAUAUCAAAAAAAGAUUUCCGAUUCAUACUCCGAGAACUGGGUGACAUAACGGAUAAUCAGAUCAUUGACGAAAUUUUCAACGAAGCAGAUGUCGAUGGAAAUGGAGUCAUUGAUUACGACGAGUUUACAUAUAUGGUCAAAAAUUAUAUGACCGAUGACGAUAUCGUUUAAAAUCUGUGUUCAGUUUAUUUACUUGGUGAUUUACAAUAAAAUGUUUUUAUGGUAAU